UCGCAACGUGAUGACUGCACAGCAUAGGACUCUCUCUCUGCGAGGAGCAAUCACUUCGUCUCGAGCUUAUCUCAAGACUGUCUUCGAAGGCAGACCCGUAACAAAGUUUAUAGUCGUAGCAAGCGGCCUCGUUUUCGCUGCCGGUUCGCUUGCUGAGAUGUACGGUCGUCGUAAAAAGCGGCCUAAAUCGGUACGUAUCAUGCCGCCAGCGUUGAAUCACAUGAGCAUAUUGAGAACGGAUGAAUUGGCGAGGUUGGAUGUGAACGCAUCGUCACCAGUUGUCUUACUGUCUGGUCCGCCUCUCAGUGGUAAGACGGAGUUGAGUAGACAGUAUGCUGAAAGAUUUGUGCAGAAGCACACUAAUAGUUAUGCCUUGAAGUUAUUGUCGUUAUGGAAAAGAGAGCGUUGUCAUGUGAUCUGUCUGCAAAGCAACUCUCUCUUUAGUCUGUUGUCGUCUCUUAGACUGGCAGCUCUGCAGUUGGGCUGUGGCAAUGAUGACCUGCCCAAGGGAUGUUUAAAUUCUCAACAAAUAAUGUCCUAUUGUGAACUAAUUAGAGAAAAAUUGUCAGACACUGAUUCAUUGCUCAUAUUUGAUAACGUCAGUGAACCAGUGUUAGACGAUUCUUUAUUUCAAAGAUGUGUCACUGAAAGGCAGUGGGGAGAGAGCAGGGCUCUUUUGGUAGUUGAUUCAAGAGAUUGGAAAGAUCAGAUUGUGUCUGAACACAUUAGUGGAAUUAGAGUCGGAAAAUUGUCGGAUGAAGAUGCUGUGGAACUGUUUGCGACCGUAAGUGGUCGAGGUAUUACGUUAGAUGAACAUGUUUGUCAAAUUGCUACAAAUCUUGCGUGGAAUCCGGGAGCUUUAGCUUGUGCUGCGGUUGGGUUUAAGUAUUCACCAAAUGUAGUGGAAUACAAGAAUGAGUUUGAAUUUCACGUGACAAAACAGAUGAAAUGUGGAUAUCCAAUAGAAAAAUCACCAGAUCAUGACAAGUCUCUUGACUGGAAGAUGGCUACAGCUGCAAUAGCCAUGGCCGUAGAAAGAUUGUCUCAGAUCAAUUAUAGCAUGCCUCGAUUUGCAUCUCUGUUGACUUGCUUACAUUCGUCACCUGUUAUGCUACCAUCUUCGGCUGUUUUGCACUAUCUUGGGAGGCCAAAUCCAAAUUCAUAUUCUUUACGGAUCCCCAGUUUACCACAGAAACCAGUACAAGAUGUCACAGAGGCAAACGAUUUGCCAACCAAUCACUCUUCAUACAAAGAGAACGCAAAACCUGUUAGUUUUAUAGAGUCUUUGAAAGACUUUACCGCUUCUUUAAAGGCACUUGUUGUUGCUGCAAGAGCAAGGCUUGGACUAGGACUGCCAAAGGGAGAUGAUUCCAUUGAAGUGCUUGUUGACCAAGAGGAAGUAUUGAGGAUGGCCAUGAUCAGUCAAUUGCAACAGCUUCCGUGUGUGAGAUGGAUUAAACAUGGUAUGGGUCAAGUAGAGACACUGGUAACAAACAGCUUGGUUCAGGAGGCCAUCACACGACUUGUUAUAGACAACAUUGUGACAUCCAGAGAGACUGCUUACGUUGAUGAGGAACGAAAGAAACACACAAACUCUUGGAUUGCUUCAUUGCUAUGGUCAUUUGAUGAAAAUAAGUGUUUGGAAAAUUUUAGACAGAAUUUGAGUGCCAAAGUUAGGGACACGAGUGAUGUCAGUUGUGUGAAGUUAUUUCCAUAUGAAGCUGUUCACUUACGUAGUCUAAAAGCUAAUGUGUUAAACUGUCUUGUCGCCGUCUCAUCUUCAGCUAAUGAUGUGUAUUGUGGAGGAACAACUCGUGGUCUUUUACUAGAACAAAUUGAAUUUCUCACUUCAUUACCACACCAUGCAUACAACAAUGAACUAAAACUGAAGUCACUUGUCUCUAUGGCUGCCAUAUACUCAGAUGUUUUACAAGAUUAUGGACAAUCAGAGAUGAUUCUUCAAGAUGCUUUACAUUUGGCUAAGUCUGAGUUCAGCGCCUUCAGCCUUCCUGUAGCUAAAGUUUUUUCUGAUUUGGGAAUGAUUGCUUAUGCCAUAGAUGAUCUACAACGUUGCAGACAACUGCUAGAACAGUCACGUAGUACUUGUGAAUCACUUACUAAUACAAGAGACUUUCUCUGCCUUUCUCAAGAAAAGCAAGUUGAUAUUACACUAACCAUGUCUAGGGUGUUGUCUCGACUUGGUUUGACAUAUGCAGCACUCGGCUCUCACCAGAACAGUCGAGAACAUUUUGAGAAGGCUGUAAUGUUAAUGCAGUCACUACCACCCGACGCUAAUGGAGAUUUUCCUUAUGCUGCGGAUUUUUCAACAGCAAUGAUUGACCUUGGCCAUGCAUAUCUGUGUGAAGGAAGAUUGGUGUAUGCUAAGAAAGUUCUUGAACUUGCAAGAAAUCUAAAUAAGAAUCUUAGAGGUGAAGAGCAUCCUGAAGUGGUAAGAUCUAUGGAGAUUUUGUCUGUUGCACUGCUACUAAUGGGAGAUAAGAAAGAGAGUACGAAACUAAUGGAAGAGACAGUGAAGCUAAGAGAGUCAUUCAAGCUCAAACUAGUUGCAUCUCUCUGAUGGAUGUGUUGUGAGCUGGUGUUGUGAGCUGGUGACGGAGAGAAAUGAUCAAGACGAAAGCUCAUAGAAAUUUUGGAGUUUUGUGUUGUGUCAGUGCUUAUACUUUGUAUGGUAGUACUGUACUGUACACUCUUACCAAUCUGAUAAUUAUUUGAAAAUGAAAA